AUGACUGAGAAAACUACUCUUACGUGUUUUCAUUGCAGUGCAUCGUUUACCAGAAAAGAUAAUUUGGUUCGUCAUAUCAAAAACUUUCAUCUUAAUCCAAAAAUAAAUAAGAAAAAUGUCAAAGUUAAAGUAAGACGAAUUGUAUGUCCUCUGUGUAAUGUGAUUAUACCUGGUAAAUUCUCCAAUUUUCACCACCAUCUAACACUAAUACACAAUGUUAAUCUUGAGCAACAAUGUGUUACUUUCAACUCUUUCAGUGAAUUCCAAACAUGGAAGUUGGAAGAGGAAAACAAAACGAUGUCUAAAUUCGUGAAACGUAGGAGAGAAUAUACUCGGAAGAAUGGUAGUACUGUCGGAUAUUACGUCUGUCACCGCAGUUUUCAUUUCAAAUGCACGAAAAAAAGAAAAACAUCUCGAAGGAAAAAUCGUGGAUCAAAUAAAAUCGGAUAUGCAUGUUCAGCUAACAUGAAAGUGACGAAAACAAAUCAACAAAUCACAGUAAACUAUUGCAAUUCACAUGUUGGUCAUUGCUGUGAAGUUGGUAGGCUAACGUUGAAUGCUGAAGAAAAAGCUGAAUUAGCAGGUAAAAUGAAACAAGGUGUUCCGUUGUCCAGAGUUUUGGAUGAUAUCCGAGAAGAGGAGCCUACCACCAUUAAAAGAAUACAUCUCACUGACAGAAAUGACCUCCAUAACAUAAAAAAAACUUAUGGAAUUAAUUGCCCUUUGAGGUACGAUAAUAACGAUCCUACAAGUGUAGCUGUCUUCAUAGAGAAAAUGAAAAUGAAUGAAAAAGGCAACCCAAUAAUUUUUUUCAAAGAUCAACAAACGGAGCUGGAAUCGUUUGAGAAAAAAGAUUUUAUUCUGAUAAUGAUGUCCGAGUUCCAAAAGGAAAUGUUUGUAAAAUAUGGCCAUCGUUGCGUCUGUAUUGAUGGUACUCAUGGAUUAAACGAAUAUAAAUUCAUUUUGUACACCAUCGUAGUCUUGGAUGAAUUUGACAACGGAAUCCCAGUGGCAUUCUGCUUUAGUAAUCGCGGCACGCUUCAAUUGUAUACGCUUUUCUUUGAAAAAGUCAAAGAAUCCUUGGGAAAAACGAUUACUACGAAGAUAUUCAUGUCCGAUGGCGAAGUCACCUUUUACACAGCUUGGGCUGCAGUUAUGGGUUCAGCUGAGCGGCAAUUGUUGUGCUUGUGGCAUCUGUAUAAAACGUGGAACCAACAUUUUCCGAAGAUUGAUGACUUGAACAAAAGAAAACUAGUGAAAAAAACGUUGUAUGCAGUAGCAGCUGAACCUAAUGUUGAAAAUUUUUGCCAAGAGUAUAAAAACUUUUUGAAGCAGUUGGAAGAAGACGAAGAUACUGUUAAAUUUUAUAAGUACUUGAAUGAUUAUUAUACUAAAAACACUGAAUCAUGGGCUGCCUGUUACCGAUCUCAUGCUGUAAUUCAAACGAACAUGCAUUUGGAAAGUUUUCAUAAAACGAUCAAGUAUCAUUACUUGAAUGGUAAACGAUGCUCGCGAUUGGAUAAUACUAUUUAUCAGCUGUUCCGCUACCUUCGAGAUAAGAAAUAUGACCAUCUUAUAAAGUUAGCCAAAGAAAAACCCACGAAGAAAUCCAAAGCCAUCCGAGAAAGUCAUGCUAAAUCUGCUGAUUAUAUCAAUUCAGUAGAAAUAAUUGACAAUGGAAAAUAUCAAGUCAAGGACUACGAGGUCACGUUACAACAACCUGAACCAUGCUGUUUUCAUGUAUGCAAAGAAUGCAAAAUCUGCAUUUGUAUGUACGUGUGUUCAUGCAGAGAUAGUCAGAUCAAUAGAAAUAUGUGUAAGCACAUUCAUGCUUGUGUGCAAAAAGACGAAGAGAUCAAUCAAGAAUUGGCCGAUGAUGAAAAUUGUAACUCUUUAUCCGUAGUACCUACCAACAGCGAUAUACCUACCAACAGUGUAACAGAAAACAGCAACCAGAACCUAUUGUUGGAAAGUUACCACUUCGGAGACGAAAUAUUACCAACUGUUCAAAGAGAAUCUUUAGAUGAUGCAAAAGUUGAUUUAAUUGCUCGCUGUAAUGUAAUUUCUGGUUAUUUAUCCAACCGAAGUGUAAAGAAAGAAAGUAUUGACAUCGUCAGGAAACUACUAGAUCGAGCGACAGCAGUUUUAAUGGAAGAGGAAAAUUCAGAGAAAGAGAAGCGUUCGAAUCCUGUCAACACGAACAGUAAAAUAGAAAAGCAGACGUAUCUAACUAUUAAUACACAAAAGUUGGAGCCUUUGUCUCCCUUUUGCGCCGAUUGUACGGCCGUUUUUGGUUUUUGCGAAUGA